GCAAGUUGCUCACUCGGUCAUAUAAUACUAAAAGUUACAUAAGCGUUAGUCUUGUUUCCUCAACCCUUUAUUUUAGAUUUUAUUUCUUAUCCUUUUUUUAACAAGUUCAACUUGAUUUUUUCAGUUUAAUUUUAUAAUUUUCAACUUAAUUUACUUUGUGUUGUAAGAUCAACCUUAAAUUUUAACAAAAUGGCCAGUGAAAAGAAAGAUAUGUUCAAUUACAUUGAAGAAACUCUGAAGCCUAUGCCAAAGGAAGAGUGUACCAAAAUGUAUGCAGAUUGGUCUGAUAAAUAUGAAGAGGAUAUGCCUGGUUGUGGAUAUAACGCUCCUCAAGGAGCUGCAGCUAAGUUCAACGAAUUGAAUUUACCAAAGGAUUCCAAGAUCCUCGACUGUGGAGCUGGAACUGGAUUGUUAGGUAAAGCAUUGACUGAACUUGGAUAUACCAAUCUCGAGGCUUUGGAUGGAUGUGAAAAGAUGGCCGAGAAAGCUAAAGAGAAAAAUAUCUACAAGAAAAUAACAAUCUCUUAUGUUGGACCUGAGAUUGAACUGCCUCUUGAACCAGAAUCUUAUGAUGCUUUGAUAAUGGUUGGAGUUUUUUGUCCUGGUCACUUUCCAUUACACAUUGGAACUUUUAAACAAUUUUUAAAGGUCCUCAAAAAAGGUGGAAUCAUCACAUGGGCAAUGGCCAAUCCUGAUCGAUAUGCAGAACGAGAUGAGACUUAUGCCAACAAUGGAUUCCAAAAGAUUAUGGACAGUCUUGUGGCUGAAGGUUUGGUUGAGGUUGUAGCUGACCAUCCAAAAGUUCAACAAGACUAUCUUAAAGGUGAAGAUGGUUUCUUCUGGGCUCUCCGUAAAUUAUGAAGCCAUAUUUAAUUAAAUAAUGAAACUUUAUAAUCGAGAUCUUAAAUUGAUUAAAUAAGUUGAAAGAAUAAAAAACUGAUUGAUUAUCAAA